AAAGAAACCAAAGCAAACUCAACAACCCACAUCCUGGCUGCUAAAUGUUCACGCACGUUCCUGCUUUCUCACUCAACCUCCUACUACUUUUCUCAACGGAAUUAUUCUCUCUCCGUGAAACCAAGAUAAGUUAUACCGUACCAUAAAUAUCACGGGGUCUCUUCUUUCUUUCAUCAAACUGUGUAUGUUGUUUCAGAGGGAACAGAGGCUCCUGUGUGCGUGCGCCUGCAUGCGUAUCUUCGCAGAAUAAUCGAAGGAGAGGAGAUUGUCAUACAUUACUCUCACACUCCGCUCAUGUUCUUGGCAGUACAAAGAGAAUUGAAGAGAUUGACCAAGGAUCAUAACCUUUGGUUGUAGUUUCUGGGUGUUUUGGGGUUCUCCGUUCUUGAGUUUGUGAAAGUGAUUUUGCAUAAUCAAGAUGUUUGGAUACAAGUGUUUGUGCUGGGAAAGUGAGUAUGAGUUCUGCUUAUCUGAGCCUGAGCCUUUCUCUCUGCCUGCACCUCUCCCAGAGUGGCCACAAGGCCAAGGUUUUGCUACUGGAAGAAUAUGCUUAGGUGAUAUAGAAGUUUCCAAAGUCACUGAGUUUGAGAGAAUUUGGAGCUGCAAUCUAUUGCAUGGAAAAACAAAAGGUCUCACAUUCUACAAACCUGUGGGGAUCCCAGAUGGGUUCUUCUGCCUUGGUCACUUCUGCCAGCUGAACAACCAGCCAUUGAGAGGGCAUGUUCUUGUGGCUUGUGAUGCCACUUUUGCCAAGGAGAAAUCUGGUUCUAUCAGUGAUUCAGCAUUAAAAUUGCCACCUCUAAGAAAGCCCCUCAGCUACACGCUGAUUUGGAGUACAGAUACACAGCACAAUGGUUGUGGUUACUUUUGGCUGCCAAACCCUCCAGCGGGUUAUAAGGCCAUGGGAUUUGUAGUUAGUGACGAACCAGAGGAGCCUAAACUUGAAGAAGUUAGAUGUGUCCGAGAGGAUCUUACAGAAAGUUGUGAAACAUGUGAACUUAUACUUGUCACGGAUUCAGAAUUCUCCAUGGAUCCUUUUCAGGUUUGGAACACAAGACCAUGUGAGAGGGGGAUGUCGUGUACAGGUGUUUCUGUAGGGACGUUCUACUGCAGCACGUACAUUAAUCCUGAAGAUGAGCUAAAUAUUGCAUGCUUGAAAAAUCAUGAUUGCACCCUACAGGCUAUGCCAAAUCUGGAUCAGAUUCAUUCACUUAUCACGCACUAUGGGCCAACGGUUUUCUUCCAUCCUGACGAGGUUUAUCUGCCUUCAUCAGUGCAAUGGUUUUUCAAGAAUGGGGCCCUAUUAUACCAAGAAGGCAAUAAAAAGGCUGUACCCAUCAAUUAUAGGGGGUCGAACUUGCCUUGUGGAGGGAAAAAUGAUGGUGAAUUUUGGAUAGAUUUGCCAAUUGAUGAUGUUGCAAGAGAUAAUCUGAAGAAUGGAAACUUAGACAGUGCAGAGCUCUAUGUUCAUGCAAAACCAGCCCUGGGAGGAACUUUUACCGAUAUUGUGAUGUGGGUUUUUUUCCCUUUUAACGGACCUGCCACCAUUAAAGUGGGUUUAGUGAGUAUUGCAAUGAGCAAGAUAGGGCAACAUGUUGGUGACUGGGAGCACUUCACCAUCCGUGUGAACAAUUUCACUGGAGAACUUUGGAGUAUGUUCUUCUCACAGCAUAGUGGUGGUGAGUGGGUAGAUGCUUUCAACUUGGAGUUCAUCGAAGGGAAUAAGCCCAUUGUGUAUUCCUCUAAAAGUGGUCAUGCUAGCUUCCCACACGCUGGGACUUACCUUCAGGGGUCAUCAAAGCUGGGAAUAGGAGUGAGAAAUGAUGCUGCUCAAAGCAAUUUUAUUAUUGACUCGAGCACCAGGUAUCAGAUUAUUGCAGCUGAGUAUCUUGGUGAUGGAAUCAUUGAGGAACCAUGUUGGUUGCAGUACAUGAGAGACUGGGGUCCAACUAUUGUGUACGAUUCGCGAUCAGAAAUAGAUAAGUUAAUUGAUCUGCUCCCACUGUUUGUUAGAUUCUCAGUGGAGAACAUAUUUGAUUUGUUUCCAACAGAGCUUUAUGGUGAAGAAGGGCCAACUGGCCCAAAGGAGAAGGAUAAUUGGGUAGGCGAUGAAAUAUGCUAGCUCUUCCUCACAAUUCUUACCUGGUCAUUUUCUUCUUCGCUUCAGUGUGUAGCCUUGUGUUAAGAAGGAUUCAACUAGUCAUUGCAGUUACCAGCUUGCUGCCAUAUCAGUUCUGCAUAAAGAUUGAAGCAAAAUGGUGAUCUGGCGCUUGUGUAUCAAUGUAGAUGUAAUCCCAUUACAACAAAUAUGAAAUGUCCUUCUUACCGGCUGGAAAGGAUCCUAGAAGUUAAAUGUUCAGCCCAUGCUUUUUUAAGAUUAUAAAAACUUGGAUAGUUCCACAAAAUUCCUGCAGAUAUCAUUUAUGCAUCAUUUCUUAGCGUA